AUAAAAUUAUAAUUUGUAUAAUCUAAGAUAAGAGAGGAAAUAUAUUUCUGAGAGGAGAUAAUAAUAAAUAUAAGAGAUGGGAUCGUUGACGUUGCCAAGGCCUGCCUCGAUGUCAGCCAGCCGUGCUGGCUGUAACACACGUCACGGUUUUGACCGUGACCACAGACAGAGCGGACAAUAGAGACUACGUGGUUGACCGGACAACCAUGCAUGGCCAACGUCAAUGACACGGGUGAGGUGCCUUCUAUGGUCUCCCUUGAUGCUCGUUUAAGGUCUUUCGUUAUGGUUUGAGGGACAAAACAACGAGCAAGGAAAGAGAGAGAAGGGACGGAAGCCGUCUCCCUCUCUCCUGCUAUUCACCCUUUAGCUUCCUUCGCCGUCGUCGCGGGUCGUCGUCGCGGCUUAACGAAGAAAGAACGAGCAAGGAGAUGCCCAUCGGAGCAGCGGACGAUGGCGGCCGCCCGCCUGCGUCGACGGCGGUGGCCAUCGACAAAGACAAGAACAGCCAGCAGGCGGUGAAAUGGGCCAUCGACCAUCUUCUCCUCGGCAGCUACGCCGUCAUCCUCAUCCACGUCAAAACCAAGCCCCCACUCAACCAUGAAACCACCUCCGAUGCGAUCCGAGAACAAGCGGAGAACGAGAUGUCACAGCUGUUUCUCCCCUUCAGGGGAUUCUGCGCUCGAAAAGGGGUGCACAUGACGGAGGUCGUACUGGAAGACAACGACGUGUCGAAGGCCAUCAUCGACUACAUCAAUACAAACUACAUCCAGAACAUCGUUGUCGGUGCCUCCAGCAGAAAUGCACUGACGAAGAAGUUCAGGAACCCUGAUGUGCCCACAAACAUUGGUAAGCUGGCGCCGGAGUUUUGUGCAGUUUACGUCAUAUCGAAGGGGAAGCCGGUGACGGUCAGGACGGCGAAAAGCCCACCUCCUCUUGCCGGUGUUCUUCCUCCACAACCGUCGGUUCUGGCUAGCCCUCAAAUGGCAGACCCUGAUGACUCGAUCAAAACACCAUUCACGAGGGCGGGCUAUCGAGGGACAAUGGCACCGGGAACACCAGAUAGAAGGUCCUUCGAGAGGAACAUGGAUCAUAUAAGGACACCGUCGCGGGAGCGCCCGCUGUUGGGAGGCAGAACACCACCCGGCAACGUGUUGCUCGACGGCAUCGACUCUUCUCAUCGCCCGCCGAGGCCAUCCGCCUCGCGCGAUAUGAUCUUCGACGACCUGGACUUCCAGGGGGGCACCGGGUUCCAGUCCAUGGACUUCGGCUCGAUGGAGAUCUCAUCUACCUCGUCGGACAGCCCCAAGGGUUCCCUCUCCCCUACUUCAGGUGCACAGCGAGACUUGGAGGCCGAGAUGAGGAGGCUGAAACUGGAGCUGAAGCAGACGAUGGAGAUGUACAGUACAGCCUGCAAGGAAGCCAUCUCAGCCAAACAAAAGGUGAAAGUCUUGACCAACUCAGGGAUGCGGUCGGUGCUAAUAAGCUCACGAGGCGCCGUGAUGCAGGCGAAAGAGCUUCACCAAUGGAAGCUGGAAGAAGCCCGCAGGGUGGAGGAAGCAAAGCAUGCCGAGGAGAUGGCCCUUGCACUGGCAGAAAUGGAGAAAGCCAAAUGCAAAGCCGCGGUAGAGAUGGCGGAAGCGGCGCAGCGGAUUGCGGAGCAGGAGGCGAGAAAGAGGAUGAACGCGGAGAUGAAGGCCAAGCGCGAAGCAGAGGAGAAGGUCAAAGCGUUGGAUGCCUUGGCCAUGACCGACCUCCGGUACCGGAAGUACAGCAUCGAAGAGAUCGAGAUCGCCACCGAUCAGUUCUCCGCGAACCUCAAGAUCGGUGAAGGCGGAUACGGGCCAGUGUAUAGAGCUUGUUUGGACCACACGCCCGUCGCCAUCAAGGUCUUGAGGCCUGAUGCUGCACAAGGAAGGAAGCAAUUCCAGCAAGAGGUUGAGGUACUGAGCUCCAUACGGCACCCCAACAUGGUGCUGCUGCUGGGGGCCUGCCCCGAGUACGGAUGCUUGGUGUACGAGUACAUGGACAACGGGAGCCUGGAGGACCGCCUCUUCCGGCGAGGCAACACUCCGCCGAUACCAUGGAGCGUGCGGUUCAAGAUCGCUGCAGAGAUAGCCACCGGGCUGCUCUUCCUGCACCAGGCCAAGCCGGAGCCGCUGGUUCAUCGGGACCUCAAGCCGGGCAACAUCCUCCUCGACCGCAACUACGUGAGCAAGAUCAGCGACGUGGGCCUGGCGCGGCUGGUGCCGCCGUCGGUGGCCAACCAGGUGACGCAGUACAGGAUGACGUCCACCGCCGGGACCUUCUGCUACAUCGACCCGGAGUACCAGCAGACGGGCAUGCUCGGUACCAAAUCCGACAUAUACUCCUUCGGCAUAAUGCUUCUGCAGAUCAUAACCGCCAAGCCUCCCAUGGGGCUCACGCAUCAUGUGGAGAGAGCCAUCGAGAGGGGAUCCUUCACGGAGAUGCUCGACGCCACCGUGAAGGACUGGCCGGUGGAGGAGGCGCUCGGGUUCGCCGAGCUGGCUUUGAAGUGCGCGGAGCUGAGGAGGAAGGACCGGCCAGAUCUGGGGACAGUGGUGCUACCGGAGCUGAACCGGCUGCGGAAUCUUGGCCAUGCUUAUGAAGAUAGUUUCAGCGGCGGAGGCGGGAGCGGCAUUCCCUCCACCGCCAGCAGCAACAGCAGCAGCAGCUUCGGCACUGGGCCGCCAACUUUGAAUGGAAACCUUCGAGCCACGUCUCUUGCCAAUCAGGAGAAGGCUUUGAACACUCCAAACGUAGGGACGCAAUGGAAAUCUACGAUGGACACAAUGCAGCAGUGAAGGAGGGACGGAGUGUAAAGCUAGGAGGAAGCUUAGGGCAAAACACAAAAAUUACCUUGGUGCAUGUA